AUGGUUUCUUCUUUGCCAUCACCGUCGCUAGAAGAUUACUCGUCAUUACUAUCCUGCCAUUUAAUUUUGUUCAUCGGAAAUAAAUGUUCCAAUAAAACACUCCAAUAUCAUCGAUAUUUUGCAGCUAGUCAUGAACGGGUUUCAUUGGAUGAUUGGAAUAAGCGAGAAAAGUUGUCCUUACACGCCAUGUUCAAGAAGAUUAUCAAAAAAUUAGAAAAGCAAUGCAAAAUUGUAAUUGAAGAUGAAAAUUUAAUACCCGAAACUAGAAAAUCAUUGAUUGAGAAAGUAAAACAAAGCAUUCCACAUUGUAAAGUCGGGGCUCUGUGUUUUACGUGCAACAAUGAGAAAGUAUUGGAAUAUCAAUUCAACACGAACCAAAUAUUGAGCUAUUUCCUAAAGAAAAAUAAUGUCAAAUCUCCGGAUAUUUGUCUAGGUGGACAUACCUUUCUGCUUCAACCCGGGCAAGACAAAGAACACGUGAUUCCCUCCAAAAGUGAAGGCUUUGACACCAUGUUGGAGAGUAAGGUGAAAUUGACCAAUGUGAAUAGAGAAAAAGUUGAAUUCAUUCAUCAAGGAUUAAUAGUGGAUGGCAUGUUAUUGGCUCUCAGAUUGUUGGUACUUUCUCCUUCUCAAGAAAAAGAUAUUUCUAAUUUUGCAGAUCCUCAUUUACAUUGGCUUUUCACACAGUGGGUUAAAGUCAAGCCCAAUGGAAGGAUCAUCAUUAUAUUGAUACAAAAAGACUAUGACAAACUUUGUGACUUGCUUGGUAAAAAAACCAAAACAUUUGAACAAUUUGUCAUGUGGGUGGAGAAGACUCUUUGUAAAUAUUUCCCAUUUCCUAUUUUUACUGUGGAGAUCAAAGUGACGAGCUCAAUGAAUCAUCAACAAAUGAAGAGAGACGAAACAUUAUUGCUUUCCUCAUUGAUGUAUUUACACUCUCUUGCGGUUAGUGAGGCUAUUGUGGUAGUUUCUCCGUUCAAUGCUCAAAGUAUUCAAAAUAUUGGAAGCUCAUCAUCAAUGAAUAAGCACAAAAAGUUUUUCACCAAUGAGUGUAGAACUGAGAAUAAUUUGUACAUUAACAAUGAAAUGUAUAUACGCAUGGCAAAACUAGGAUUAAUACUUGUAGAUUUUUCAAGUUUUUUAGAUAUUUCCAUGCAAGAAUUAGAACACUCAGAAACUUCUACUCUUCGUAUCGAACAGAAAAUUGCAUUGGUUCAACUCGAUUAUCGAUCAAAUCAACCUGAAUUUUUGAAAAAUAUAGAGUUUGUGCAAAUGGAUUCAUGGAAGAGCAAUGGUGAAAUGUUCAGCAAGUACAUUGGAAGAUACCCUUUCAUUACUGAGCUUCAACGAAAUCAUUCAAGUCAAUAUAGAGCUGGAGUUUUUCAGGACUCUCAACAACGUGAAAUCAAUCAUGUGCUUUUCGGCAUUGUUUGUAAUCCAAGUGUCAUUUCUCAAUUUGCAGCACAAAAUGAUUUUUCGAGCCAUUUACAAUUUUACCAGAAAAUCAAUGGGUACAGUGUAUCGAAUCAAAUGAACAUGAAUUUGGAAUCAAUCAAUGCAGAACGGAAAAGGUUUUCUCCUAAACAAACAGAAAAACUCUCCAGAGGUAUUGAAGGAAGCCCCUCAGGAGGAACGGCCAUGAGAAAAUCUGUCAAUAUCCUGAUGCCUAAUGUUACUACUUCCCAACCCACAACGACUAGCGAUGGAAAAACAUCUGACAUCUUUCAGUUUCCUGUGACAGACAUGUCACUCUCGUUUAUCUGUGAUUAUUUUGGAUUGACUAAGUUCCAACGAGGAAAAGAUUUAGAGUCUUCUAUUUAUAAUGUGAUGGUUAAACUCAUUCCAGAAAAGCCCAACUGUUUCAAAAUGUAUUCCAAGUGCACGAGACAACAAGCACCCCAACCUGGACAAGAGCCAAUCUUUUAUCGACAAGAGGUAUUAAUGAAAGAUAAAAAGCUUAACAAGGCUGUAUGUACAUGUCCUGAUGGAAGUCAAGGACGGUGCAAACACAUAUGUGCCGGUGUUUUGGCCUAUAUUUCGAUCAUUUCGAACAGAAAUCAAGGAGAUGAGCAAAAACUUGAACAAAAAGAGAAGAUGUUGAAAAGUGGAGAACUCGAUUCACAGGAACAUACAAGUCAAGUUAAUGAGCUCUCUCAGAAUUCGCCUCCUUCUUCCAACGCAACCAAUACUCCUGCCUCCUCAAGUCAUGCAAAUGCUUCUGAUGAAAAAACAGACCAGAAAAAAAAGAAAACAUUACCUGCAUGGAUGGUAUUGAAUUCAAAGUUGGAAUCUCAGAAAGAGUCAAAAAAGUCAACAAAGAAAAAUUCAUCCAAGGAGUCAGAGCUCAAAAAACCAAAAACGAGUUUCUUUUUAUAUUGUGAUGAUUAUAGAGAGAGAGUGAAGGAGGAAUUGGGUGGGAAUGUUUCUGCAUCUGAAGUUGCCAAAGAAGUAGGCAAACGGUGGAAAGAUCUUUCAAUGGAGGAAAAGCAAGUCUACAUUGAAAAACAAAAAGAGUUACAAACAGAAUAUGAAAAGAAGAAAAAAGAAAAUACCAAAGCAGAGACGAGCACUCAAAUUGUCAAUGAUGAAGAGCAUUUCGACAAGAAACAAAACGAAAAUGUGAAAAUAGAGUCAGCAUUAACAACAGAUGAAAUGGACGUUUCAAAUGAAAAUGACAAAACUCAUCACCUGGCAGAGAAAAAGAGAGGUGAUUCUCCUGCCAAAAAGAAACCACAACCAUUACUGUCUAAGAGAGUACAAUUACAACACAAUGACAACAAUCCCGAACACUCUGUGGUGGUGGUUAAAAAGGAAGUUCAGAAUAAUGUUGACGAGAUCAUGGAUGACACUUCAGCAUCAAGCAACAUUUUCGCUUCGAAAUCUAAAACAGAAAGCAACAAUAUCAUCAGUCGAUCAGCAGCAGCAUCUAAAACCAAUCCCACACCCACUCUCACUCGGAUCAAAGGUGAAGCAUUGAGCCCUGUUAAGAACAAGUUGUUGGAAAACAAAACGAUCUUGUCACCUCAACAAAUGAUGUCUUUUAAGAACAACCAAUCAAUUCAAUCACCACGAAAAGUACUGAAUACAAUCGAAAAACCUGCUGUUAUGGAUGAUUACAUCGAUGAAGAAAAUUUAACCAUUAAGGACAUUUUCUUUACAAAGAAGAAGAGAAAAAGUCCAUUACCUAUUUUGGAAAAGUCACCCUCCGCGGUCAUGUCCACUGCAAUGGAUGACAAGAAAUCUUCUUCCAAAGAGGAUGAUGCCUUAUCUGUUACAAAUGUGUUUUUUUCCAAGUCCAGCAAGAAGCCAAAGAAAGAAGUUGACAAACAUGUCACAGAUAGUAGUGCAGAAAAAGUGCAAAACUGUCCACCAUCGGCAUUCAAAUUCAGUAUGUUCUCCACCACAUCAAGCACUACUAACAAUAAGGAUACGGUGGACGAAGAGGAGGAAGACAUUAGUUUGACCACCAUCUUUUUCAGCAAGUCGACCAAGACAUCAUCAACCUCAUCUUCUGCUCAGAAUCCAUUGCUUCCAUCAAAAGCAAACCAACCACAAGAGAAAGAUCACCAUGUGACAGCAUCGGGAUCAUCGAUCAGCACAACAAGCGUGAAGACAACAGCAACCAAGAACUCUUCCUCAUCUUCACCACCCAAUCAAAACAAGAGCAAACAAACUUCUCUUAAAAGUAUGAUGGAUGCAUUCUUUGAAUUUUAA